GUCCUUCUUCGCUGGCAAUAAAUACAUGCUUAUUGUUGGCUUGUUAGCAAGCGGAGGAACUCGCAAGAUGGCGGCAUGACUGAGUAAUAACGUCGUAUUACAUGCUUAUUAUCUGCUUAUUAUCGGCGGAAAGAGUGAUUUAGGGAGAUUAUAUGGUACCUGAAAGUCGGAGGGGUGUGGCCACGGGUGUGGUGACCGCCAGUGUCUCUGAGGGAAGCCACGCAGCUGCAGGCGGACGCAAGCUCCGCUCAUGUCUACGAGAGUGAUGGAGAAUGGAGACAGGCGUGAUGCUGCCUCCAACAACCACUCAGGCACGCUACACUUGCAGACUCCCAAGAAUGAAGAAAUUUAUGAGAUCACAAUACCGCUGGAAGAAAACAACUUUGAUCAGCAAGGAUUCUUCAACCAAACUGAGGCAAACUUUGAGGAGUGUGCGCCCCCUGCUGGCCGCUCCUACAUGCUGGUCAGCAGCCUGCGCACGCAGCUGCAGAUCUCUACAGAGAAGAACUCCUGGCUGCAGAAGAGGAUCCAGGACCUGGAAGAGGAGCGGGACUUCCUUCGCUGUCAGCUGGAGCGUUUCAUCGCCUCCACCAAGAACCAGGACUGCGAGCCCAGAAGGUUCUCCUGGAGACCAAGGAGACAGGAGGAACAUCCUGCGGAACAACCGACCACAGAUCCGCCACACUUUCCCCCCCAGCAGUUUUUCCAGCGAAGGCCGGCUGCUCCCGCUGCGACCCCCCCCAAGAACCACGUGUCCAACGCCGUGACCACCCACCUGGCCUCCAUGAACACGCUCUUCACCUCCGCACAGUCGCAGGCGCUCUUCCAGGGCCUCGCCACUGCUGGGAAUUCAACCAGCAGCAGCGGUGGCAGCAGCAGCGGCGCAACCGCCAGGCCAAACGGACAGCGAAAUUUAGCUCCGGAUUCUUUUCUCCUGCUGGGAGAAGGCGAAGAGUACGUGGAGCAUGAGGGCUUCCUGCAGGAGGAGGAAAUGCUCCCUGCGGACGACGCCAACAGCAACAGGCAGCAGUUGAAGAGAAGGCGAAUAUUCCGAGGCCUUAAAGAGCGCCAACGAGUCAAAGACGCCGCCGGGGUGCUCUUCCGCUACAAGAAGAUCCUCCUCACCUUCCAGCGCCUGAAGAACAUGUCCAAGGCCUUCCAGAUCCACGGCGUGGACCGCAACACGGUGGCGUCCACCACGCCCAUCGCCGAGCUGCUGCUAGUGGCGCCGGAGAAGGUGGCGCUGGUAGGCGAAUUCGACCCGUCCCGAGAGAAGCUGCUGGACUACGCUCGCCGCUGCUACUCGGCGCUGGACGAGGAGACGCUGAGCCGCGUGCAGGCCUUGAAGAAGAACAACCUGCUCCUGCCCAUUUCAUACAGGUUUCGAACAGGCGGUCUCACAGAACGCCCCAAUAAGGGGGACUCAACCUUAUAGCCUGGUCCUGGACUCUCUGGUUCUGGACUCUCUGGUCCUGGACUCAUCGCCACGGCACAGAUCACUAACAACCAUUCACUCUUUCACACAUUAGCCAUCAUUUGUUCAUGCUACCAACCUUGCUUCACAGCAAAGAAGAAUAGCAAUUAUUUAACAUUUUAUCCAACACACUUUAUUGAUAUCUAUUACGUCUCUAUUGAUGUCAUUUUAUGGCCCAGCCCUACGAAUUUACAUAUAGUACAUGUUUCCUGGCCAAACUCCAAUCUUCUUCAUGUAAGAAUAACUAUUACUGAACGUUUUAUCGAACAUACUUUAUUGAUAUUGAUAUCAUUUUAUGGCCCAACCCUACUAAUUAGCAUUUAAUGCAUGUUUUUUGCCCAAACUCCGAAUUUCAUCACGUUAUAAUAAUAAUUCUUGAACCUUUUAUCGAACACACGAUUACGUCUCAAUUGAUAUCGUUUUAUUGUCCAGUCUUACUAAUUAGCAUAUCAUACAGGUUUCCUGCCCAAACUCUGAUCUUCAUCAUGUAAGAAUAAUAAUUAUUAAAGCUUUUAUCGAACACACUUUAUUGAUAUCGAUUACAUCUCUACUGGUAACGUUUCAUGACCCAACGCUAUUAAUUAGCAAAUAAUACAUGUUUUCUUUCCUGCCCAAACUUCAGUCUUAAUCAUGUAACAAUAACAAUUAUUGAACAUUUUAACGAACACACUUUAUUUAUAUCGAUUACGUCUCUAUUUAUAUUGUUUUAUGCCCAAGCCCUACUAAUAUUUAUAUAAUACAUGUUUUCUUUCCUGCCCAAACUCCAAUCUUCAUCAUGUAAGAAUAACAAUUACAAAAACCUUUUAUCGAACACACUUUAUUGAUAUUGAUUACGUCUCUAUUGGUAUUAUUUUAUGACCCAACCCUACUAUUUAGCAUAUAAUACAUGUUUCCUGCCCAAAAUCCGUUUUUCAUCAUGUAACAAUAAUAAUUCUUGAACCUUUUAUCGGACAUACGUUGUUGAUAUCGAUUACGUCUCUAUUGAUAUCGUUUUAUGGCCCAGCCCUACUAUUUAGCAUAUAAUACAUGUUUCCUGCCUUAACUCCAAUCGUCAUCAUGUAAGAACAGCAGUUACUGAACGUUUUAUCAAACACACUUUAUUGAUAUCGAUUACAUCUCUACUGAUAACGUUUUAUGACCCAACCCUAUUAAUUAGCAAAUAAUACAUGUUUUCUUUCCUGCCCAAACUCCGAUCUUCAUCAUGUAAGAAUAGCAGUUACUGAACAUUUUUAUUGAACAUAUUUUAUUGAUAUUGAUUAUGUCUCUAUUGAUAUUGUUUUUAUGGCCCAACCCUACUAAUUAGCAUAUAAUACAUGUUUCCUGCCCAAACUCCGAUUUUCAUCACGUAAGAAUAAUAAUUCUUGAACCUUUUAUCGAUCACACUUUGUUAAAAUUUAUUACGUCUGAAUUGAUAUCGUUUUAUGGCCCAGUCUUACUAAUUAGCAUAUGAUACAGGUUUCCUGCCCAAACUCUGAUCUUCAUCAUGUAAGAUUAACUAUUAUUGGACCUUUUAUCGAACACACUUUAUUGAUAUCGAUUACUUCUCUACUGAUAACAUUUAAUUUCCCAACCCUAUUAAUUAGCAAAUAAUACAUGUUUUCUUUCCUGUCCAAACUCCGAUCUUCAUCAUGUAAGAAUAGCAGUUACUGAACGUUUUAUCGAACACAUUUUAUUGGUAUUGAUUACGUCUCUAUUGAUAUCGUUUUUAUGGCCCAACCUUACUAAUCAGCUUAUAAUACUUGUUUCCUGACCAAACUCCGAUCUUCAACAUGUAAGAAUUACAAUUAUUGAACCUUUUAUCGAACACACUUUGUUUAUAUCAAUUACGUCUCUAUUGAUAUCGUUUUAUGGCCCAGCCCUAUUAAUUGGCAAAUAUUACAUGUUUUUUUUCCUGCCCAAACUCUGAUCUUCAUCAUGUAAGAAUAGCACUUACUGAACGUUUUAUCAAACACACUUUAUUGAUAUCGAUUAUGUCUCUAUUGAUAUUGUUUUAUGGCCCAGCCCUACUAAUGAGCAUUUAAUACAUGUUUUCUUUCCUGCCCAAACUCUGAUCUUCAUCAUGUAAGAAUAAUAAUUAUUGAAGCUUUUAUCGAACACACUUUAUUGAUAUCGAUUAUGUCUCUAUUGAUAUCAUUUUAUGGCCCAGCCCUGCUAGUUAGCAUAUAUAAAAUACAUGUUUUCUUGCCUGCCCAAACUUAAAUUUUCAUCAUUUAAGAAUGAAAAUUAUUGAACGUUUUAUCGAACACACUUUAUUGAUAUUGAUUACGUCUCUAUUGAUAUCGUUUUAUAUCAUUUUCCACUCUGUGAUGUCAAGUUUUAUGCUAACAUUUGGACGCAGUAAUAUUGCAAAUAUACAUCUGUAAAUGUUUUGCAA